AUGCUCCCGUGGCUCGUCGUCCCGCUCAUCGCCAUCUGGGCCGCCACCCAGCUGCUCCUCCCGGCCGCCUACCGCUUCGAGGUCACCUCCCCGCGGCUCGCCUGCGUCUCCGUGCUCCUCCUCACCCUCUUCUGGUACGAGAUCCUCCUCCCGCGGCUCUCCCUCUGGCGCGCCCGCCGCUCCGCGCGCCUCCGCGAGGAGCGCCGCGCGCACGCGCUCGAGCUCCACAAGCUCCGCAAGACCGCCACCCGACGCUGCCGCAACUGCAGCAACCCCUACAGGGACCAGAACCCCGGCGGCGGCAAGUUCAUGUGCUCCUACUGCGGCCACGUCUCCAAGCGCCCCGUGCUCGACCUUAAUUCGGCCGGGAAGGCCCCCUCCAGGUGGCCUUGCGCUCAGGAUUGUGGAGACUGGCUCGACCUGCGCUGCUCCUCCAGCGCCAGUACCUCCUUCUGGGGGUUCUCAUGGCACCUGCUGUUGUCAUUUUUCACAGCAACAGUGAGGUGGCCAUUGAGGAAGAUAUUCAGAUUUACAUCGUCAGGGGACGGUGAGGGCUUGGGCCCAGAUGGUAAGAGGUUGGCAAAGGGAGGGGAGAAUGGGGGAAAAGCUGAGGAGAGCAGGGUCGAGAAGGCGAGGAGGAAGGCAGAGGAGAAGAGGCUGGUGAGGCUGGAGAGGGAAAUGCUGGAGGAGGAAGAAAGGAAGCAGCGGGAAGAGAUGGCAAAGCUGGUGGAGGAACGCAGGAGGCUGAGGGAUGAGAAAGCUGAGGCCGAGGAGCGGUCCAAAAGCGCUACCCCUGUUGGGGAGAAGGAUGCUAGGAGGGAGGCAGAGAGGCGGCGCCAGGAGAGGAGGAAGAAAGAGGACAAAGGGUCAAGCAAGAGUAAUUCAGAUUGUGAGGACAUUGAUAGACGAUUGGGCCGAGAAGGCGACAGGAAGCGAGCCUUCGACAGAAAGAUGGACUCUGACAGACGUGAGGGUUACAAGCCUCAUUACUUUGAAGCUAACAAUCAUAGUAAUAAGACAGUGGAGAGCAGAGCAAAGUACUUUGGCCGUAUGACGGGUGGUUUCUUAUCUUCGUCAAGAGGGUUUGGCGGUGGUUCCUUCUUUGGCAGAAGUGCUCAGGCCCCUGCUCCUCAAGUUAACAAGGUUAGCAGACCUGUAGUUCCUGCAACUGACCAGGGUGAUGCAGCCAAAAGAGAUGUCCAGCAUGCAGCCAGGCAAGCUGCAGCCAAAUCCGCUUCAGCUGGGGAAACCAGAAAUUCAUGGACUAAUUUUAAUCGACCUGUUAGUCCAAAUGUGCAGGCAGCCCCUACCAGCUUUAAAAAGUCAUGGCAUCAGCUGUUUAGUCGUUCAGCAUCAGUCUCCCCUUGUCCUGAUGCUACAACUUCAGCUCGUGAUAUGAAUCGGAAGCCAGAACCAAAUGGAGCGCAAAUAAGCAAUGCUCGUACAUUUCUCUCUCAGUAUCCUCCUCUGGACAGCAAGCCAAGUUCGAGCCAGUCCAUGCAAUUUCCAGGUUUUCCACCAGUUAAUGGAGUACCUCCCAAUAAGCCACUACCUCAUUUUCCUGCUGGACAUAUGCCUUUCUAUGAUGAUGCAGAAUCUGCUGUAUUUGAAGAUUCAGAACAGUUUGAGGACCCAUGCUAUGAUCCAGAUGCAAUCGCAUUGCUUGGGCCAGUUUCAGAGUCUUUAGAUAACUUCCCUCCAGACUUGGAUUGUGGAUUCAUCUCGAGUGAUGUCGCCAAGAAAUCACAUGGGAGGCCUUCACCAAUUGAGUCGCCUCUCUCUAGAUCUCGUAUGGUUGAAGAAAAGCCUAUCAAGCCCCAGCACUUAUUAGUUGCAAAACGGCCUGGUGGUCCUAUUCAGCCUGAGGCUAGCAGCGAGCAAGGCACAUGGCAAAUGUGGAGCACGCCAUUGGUUCAUGAAAGUUUAGGUCUGCAAGGCCCUCAGAGUCAGUGGCCUCGACAGACAAAUCAAUUAAACUAUAGUGCCAAUCUUUUCAAUGGCGGAACAAAAGGCCCCCUGGGUACUGGUUUGAAUGGCACUGAUCCUUGGCUGCAGAAAGCUCCUUUUCAGCAAUUGCCACCUGAUACACCAAGCCUGUUCCUUCCACAUGAAAUACCAGGGAAAUUACGCAAUGACUUGGUUUUUGGGUCUCCAAAUAAAUCAGCACGUGAACACCCCUUUGGACCACCUGGUCCUUCUUGGCCCAAUGGGGAGCUGUCGCAGGAUGGAGCCCAGGAAGGUGGUGGCCAUUUUUCAUUGCCGUCCAGCGCACCAGUCGGUGGCGGAGGAGGCUUAUUUUGCUCGACAAGUCCUGAUGUCCAGUCCUCCGUGUGGUCUUUCAACGAAAAAGAGACAGCGCAGCAGGGACAAACCUCGUUAUAG